AUGGAGACGUUGUUGGCCAAUCACGUGUGUUCAAAAGUCGUGAAGUCCUCGGACACAGACAUUCUCAGACGCACAGUGGCACUGUUUUCUAAAUCAUCGCCAACACCUAAUUCAUAAUGAAGUAAUGGCGCUGGACUUUAAUGGAUCCGCGAUGUCUCGCGCUCGUGUCUCUCGCAAAAGGCAGAUAUCCAGCUCGCAUGCAUAACAGCACUGCACGUGACACGCUGUGCACCGAGAAAAAGACAGACGUCGGGUUAUAAUAAGGAUGGGACGCUCGUCCAUAGAAGAGUCUUUAAUGAAGUCAGAAGACACUCCUCCUGCUGCCGGUGCUGCGCUGUAGCCCCCGCGCCGAGUGGAUGCGCGGGAGAGGAGAAACAUCCCGCGCGCAUCUUCUCCACCAGCUCCAAGACACAGACCGCCGCGCCGCGCACGGAGAUGCGCACCGAUAGCAGCAGAAGCCCGUCCUAAAGUCGCUGUUUCCGCUCCCCGUUGCCCGCCUGCACGCCCCCGAGGCGGACAGACACCGACCGGUCCUGUGGGAGACCGCGCGGGGAUGCGCGCGGAGUGAGGGGGAAGUGGGGGAGGUGGCGGGGUGGGGGAGAGACAAAAAAAAAAAAAAAGAAGGCGAGCGGCUUUGUGACCGAUCGCGCAGAAGAUCUGGCGCGCUGAGGCAUGUCUGAUCCGGCCGGUGCGUCGACGCGACGCAAUCAAAGUUGAAGGAGACGUUGUUUGGUUUUAUUCACCGGGACUGCACAGCGGGGCGAGGCGUUCGCACCAGCGCCGACCUUUGACUCGCACCGCCCGCGCCCUCUGCUGAAAGAGGAGGAGAGGAGAAAGAGGCGGAGGCGCUGUCCGCGGUGCUGAAACAACUAGUGCGGGAGACGAAGACGCUCCCACUCCGCUCACCUGCUUCACGCGGCUUCGUGCGUUUUAUCCGGCGGCUUCGGCGAGGGCUCAUUACAUUAGCAGCUGACGGCGCCGCACCAUGCCGGGGAUGAAGUGGAAGAUGGUGGUGGACUCCCUGCGUGGACGGAGGAGGAGGCUGCCCUGCUCCCUGUGGUUCCUCCUGCUGUUCGCUGCUGGAGGUCUGGUUCUCUUCAUCCACCAGCAGGACCUGUCGGAGAUGGUCCUGCAGCAAGGCCCAGGCAUGAAGCUCAGAAGCAGUCCACGGCAGUCCAGAGAGACUCUUUCUACGCAGGACAGAGAGAGGGGCAAGUCGGACAAUUAUCAAACCAAAGGCGUCUUGUCCAGUCUGAUCCCUCCGAUGCAGUUCCCGCACUUCGAGGCGGGCAAACAGACGGCCACCCCUGGGUCCCGGGAGCAGAGCAGACGAACGUCCUCCCCCGUCUCCCGGGAGCAGAGCAGACGAACAUCCUCCCCCGUCUCCCGGGAGCAGAGCAGACGAACAUCCUCCCCCGUCUCCCGGGAGCAGGACAUGACUGUUGUCCAUGUCUCCAAAAGACAACGCAAACUGCUGAAAACAACUCCUCGGAUCCACCACACGACCGACGGCAAUUCCUCUUUGUCUUCAUCCACCAACUCCUCACCGGCUUCCUUCAGAUUGGCCUCCGGCUUCUUCACCCCCGACAAGUGGAAAAAGCUCGCUGACGUCCAGAUAGCGCGCCGUCAACUGAUGAAGGAGAUGUGCGCCAAGUACAAAAGCAGCAUCUCCAGGACCAUCACGGCUCAUCACGUAAGAAACCUCUUCGUGGAGGACAAGUACAAGCUGCUGUACUGCCAGGUGCCCAAGGCGGGCUGCUCCAACUGGAAGAGGACCCUGAUUGUGCUGGCAGGCCUGGCCCCCAACGCUCGGAGCAUUAAACACGACACGGCCCACGGGGGGCGCUACCUCAGGGAACUCAACACCUUCGACCGGAAGGGGAUCAUGCACCGCCUGGAGACCUACACCAAAUUCAUGUUUGUCCGCGAGCCCUUGGAGAGAAUGGUGUCAGCCUACAGGGACAAGUUGGAGAAUCCCAACGACUACUACCACAACCUGUUCGGGAAGCCCAUCAUCUCCAAGUACAGAGCCAACCCGUCCCCAGAGGCACUCAACACGGGCAACGGCGUCACGUUCAAGGAGUUCGUCCAGUACCUGCUGGACGUCCACCGGCCCGUGGGAAUGGAUAUCCACUGGGACCAGACCAACCAGCUGUGCAAUCCCUGUCUCAUAGACUACAAUUUCAUCGGAAAGUUUGAGAACAUGGAGGAGGAGUCCAACUACCUGCUGCGGUUGGCCGGCGCGCCGCCCAACGUCACGCUGCCCAGUUUCAAGGACAGGAACCCGGCUGACAAGAGGACCUCCACGGACAUCACACAAAAGUACUUUUCGCAGGUGAGCGCGCUGGAGAGACAGCGGAUGUAUGACUUCUACUACACGGACUACCUGAUGUUCAACUACACCAAGCCUUUCAAAGAUUUAUACUGAACAACUCCAAUCAACUUGAAGCCCCAAGUCACAUUCCACGUCACCACCAUGACAGUCAUUUUGACAUAAAGAGGCUAUAAUCACAUGCUCACAUGGAUGGUUGCCUCUAAGCAUGGAGGCAAACGUCCUUCUAGAGUCCACGGAAGCUGCUUUUAUAUGCAUACCUUUCUACCAGAAUAUCUUAUCAUUUUCAAACUGUCUGAUCAACAUGUAUUAUAACUACUUUAAAUUGUCCUUAAAUUAAUGAUAUUUAGUCACUACCAACACAUGUUGAGUAAAAUUAUUAAUGUUAUGCUUCUUAAAAAAAAAAGAAAAGAAAAUGUUUUUUUGAUCAAUAGGCUUUAAAUCAUGCCUUACUGUGAGUCAAAUAGCAUUUGCAAUUUUUGUUUAAUGAGUCCAUUCAACAUAGGCGCCACAUGUGUGCAAUUUAGUAUAGGUGCUAAUUGCAUUCCUAAAGUCACAAUUGAUUUAGGAGCAACCACAAGCUGCCCUCUGCAAUAGUGGUAAGAUAAAAUUGAAUAUGAAUAUAGCUGCUUUGGUUCAGACUAAGACUCUGUCUAACGUUAGUAAUGACCACCACAGUGUGCUGCAAUGACUUAAUUUGCAUCAGCCAUUUGACUCACAGGCAUACCUCCUCUACUAAUGCACCCUAAUGCAGACAUUCAAUGUAAACGGUUUUAUUGAACACAAACCGUAACACCAUGAAAACACUAUAAAUAGUACACAACUUUCAAAUGUGUCAAGCGCUGCCCAUUCUGAAGCCGUGUGCACCCAUUGUAGCAGAUUUUUGUACUUUUGUCAGAAAGCUUCGUGCUUUGGUCUGAGACACGGGCCGUAGGUCACCCCCCCCCCCCCCCCCCGUCACUGAGGAGAUACUUCACCGGCGUGGCUGUCAAAGGCAGCACAUCCAGGUACAGCACCUUUUAAUGCCCAGUGGUGCCACAGACGCACUCAAGGAUAACCACAAAAUCUGAUGUUUGGAUUUUUGUUUGAUGAUUUGGACCUUUUUAUUUGGUUUAAGAAAAGAGCGUCCAAAGGUAUCCACCUAUCUCACUAACUGGCUGUACACUGAACUCCACAUACUGUACGUAUCACAUGUAUUCUACACCACCGUAUAGGCUAUUUCCCCUGACGCUACUGUGUACAAUUGUAUAAUGGGCAUUCAGAGGACUAUCUAUUUUUCUAUGUAUUUCUAAAAUAUAUAUAUACAUAGUCAGUGCUUAUGGUGAAGGUAUGUUCAUUUUCUUUAUGAUGUCAUUUGUUGUUGCUUUAGAAAUAACAGUGUGGACUUGUCACGUAACAGAAGAGUUAUAUAAAAAUAUAUCCACCAACUGAAAAUGUACAAGACUAACUCUCAAGAAACUAAACAACUACAAACAUUUGUGCUGCCAGGAGAUAUCUCGCUUAGUCUGAUGAUUUGAUUCCACUCUGUGCUUCGGAGGAGGUUUUUGUGAUUUUUCCUAAAAUGGAUAUUCCUUUUUGGAAGCGAUCUUGUUAACGACAUUGUACCCAAACUGUUUGGUCCGUCAACAUGAGAAUAGACCACCCUGUACAGAUGAGCUGCAUUCCACCGUGUUACCCAUCCCGGCUGAAGACAUUCUUACCCUUACCAACCCCACUGUGUGUGUGUGUGUGUGUGUGUAUGUGAAAGUGUGGAGCUUUUUCUCCUGCUACUUUCCGAAACAUCUAAAGACACUUGUAAUAGAUACAAAGAAAGAGGUCAGUUGCCUCUGUGUAACAUUAACAGACUGCUUUAUUUCCAACACACCAGCCGGCCAGCAAGUCAGACGCAGUGGAAACUACGCAAAAAGGAAAAAAAGAAAGAAGACUCCCAUGAGGCUCAGUUCCGACCUUUUCAAGAUGAAAUAUGAAUAAGUAUUAAGCUAUAGAACCAGCAUAACCAUUCAUCAGAUGAUCAUAUACUGUAAAUCCCAACAUUCUGUUGAGUGAAGUGAAACCUCACGUACGUUUCCUCCAUGUUGAAGUUGAGUUGAAAUCUUGGUGGUUGGCCAGUGAAGCUCCUGUACAGUGAGUGUGAUGUUAAAGUGAGCACGUAUGAUGACUAGGACACCAAAAUGAUGAAUGUAAAGGAGUACGCUGACGCAGAAAUAGCUAGAAUAAACAGAAUACAGAGUAAAAGUAACGGCCGUUCGGGAUGGCAAGUGCAGCUAGGACCAAAGUGGCUAGAACUCAUCUUAUUAUGAGUGCACGAUGCAGAGAAGAGCCGAUCUAUGGCUACUAGUCUCCUCUAUAGCAGCAGUCACUACUCAGCUAUACGCUUUGCAGCUCCCUGGGAACGUGCGUUAUUGUAACAAAAAACACUAGUAGUGAUGAGUGAGGGGUAUUUGUGUCAUCUAAACCUACACAUGCACGCUAUAAUCAGCUUUUAAAGACCCUUAACACUUGGUGGUAGUGCCCUUUACGCGGUGAUGGUGAUCGUAUGAACUAUUGUCAGUAUACUGUGUUGGCUUUUGCAAUUCCAAAAUCUAAUCUCGCGGUCAGAUUCUAUGUCGGCAAAGACGACACCUGGCCACAAAACAGCUACCGCAUUAUGAUGAGUAUUACUGCCCCCUCACUCCCCACCCCCUCCUGCCCCAGCUAAUAAUAAAGUUUUCUUGGUACGUGGGUGUUCGGACAGAAUUAUCAAAAGCGUAAGUACAGUAACAAGUGAAUGUAUAACUGUUUAUUGUUGGUGCAAAAGUGUAUAAAAUAUGAUCUUAAGCCCUUUGCCUUAUUUUACACUGCCAAUCAAAUGGUGUAUUUCAGGAAGACAUUCUUCAGGAAGUUAUUGAUUCUGACUGAUGAGCGUCUACUAAUAAAUUGUCUUUAGCAUUUUAAAA